AUGGAGACUUCAGUACUUCCUCUUAAUCUUUGUCAUGUCCAAAAGAAACUGUUAAUUUUGAACCGUUUUUAUAUGUUCAUCCAUUCCUCUGCUUUACUAGCCCUGAUACACUACAGGGUUUUCGGUUUACGCGAAAUGAUGGCGAAAAACGAAGGAAUGAGACUGAAUGUACUAGUUCCUUAUGUGUUAGUCUUUGCUGCUGAGCUUAUGCUGUGUUUCCUGUGGUUAGUCAACCAGGGUUACCGAUGGAGGCCGGUUUCUCGGGAAGUUUUCCCUGAGAGGUUACCGGAGGAUGAUAAGCUUCCGGCUAUCGAUGUUUUUAUAUGCACGGCUGAUCCUAGCAAAGAGCCUAGUGUUGAAGUUAUGAACACUGUGAUUUCAGCAAUGGCCCUGGAUUAUCCACCUGAGAAGCUGAAUGUGUAUCUCUCGGAUGAUGGAGGUUCUGCUGUGACUUUGAAGGCGAUGAUCGAGGCCUGGAAAUUUGCGCGUUUUUGGCUGCCAUUUUGCAGGAAGUAUGGUAUCAAGAACCGGUGCCCUGAAGCUUAUUUCUCCAGUCUUGAUGAUGAUGAGAGUAAUAGGAUUGAGUUCACAUCUGAUAAAGAAAAAAUUGAGAAACAAUAUGAGAAGUUCAAGGAACGUGUCGAAUGGAUUAAAGAAAACACAAGCAUGGCUACUAGUAAAGAUCAUCCUGCGAGAGUUGAGGUGAUCAAUUUAAUGGCAGAUAGUGAUCCUGUGGAUGCAGGGGAAACCAUGCCAUUAGCCGUAUACGUAUCACGCGAAAAAAACCCGUCUCACCCGCAUCAUUUCAAAGCUGGAGCUCUGAACACUCUUAUUCGAGUUUCGGGUAUGUUGAGCAAUUCGCCGUAUGUAUUAGUACUGGAUUGUGAUAUGUACUGCUCUAAUCCGAGCUCAGCCCGUCAAGCCAUGUGUUUUCACCUUGAUCCUAACAAAUCUCCUCAGCUAGCUUGGGUUCAGUUUCCACAGAAGUUUCAUAACAUCAGUGACAAAGACAUAUACGACAGUCAGAUCAGAUUCGCUUUUAAGACUUAUUGGCCUGGAAAGGAUGGAGUCGGAGGACCAACGAUAUCCGGUACCGGAUUUUACUUAGCCAGAGAGGCAUUAUAUGGACUUGCGAAUGCAAAUGAUGCUGAUCUUGGUGAGCUCCGAAAGAUGUUUGGCCCUUCACCUGAGUUCAUCAGAACUGCUCUUCGCGAAAACAGUUCGAAUAAUCAUGUUCGAAAUGGCGAAAAGUUGUCCACUUCAUUGCUCCAGGAGACUCAACUUUUGGCUUCAUGUACCUUUGAGAAAAACUCACAAUGGGGAAAAGAGGUUGGGUUCAGAUACUUCUCUGUGGUUGAAGAUUACUUCACUGGCUUUUCAUUACACUGCAAGGGUCAUAUUUCUGUUUAUUUCCAACCAUCAAAACCAGCAUUCUUAGGCUCAGCAACCACAAACCUGAGUGAAUUUUUGGUACAAAACACCCGGUGGUGUACGGGCUUGAUUGAAGUUGCGCUCUCAAAAUACUCCCCUCUUUUCUAUGGUCCACCAAGAAUGUCAUUUCUUCAGAGUUUAUGUUAUGCUGAUCUCGCAUAUUUCCCCUUCUUUUGGUUGCCUUACUGGUGCUUAGCCAUUGUUCCGCAACUUUGCCUAAUCCGCGGCAUUUCUUUAUAUCCCGCGAUAUCAAGUCCAUAUUUCAUUCCAUUUGUGUUCAUUUUCAUUUCGGCGAAUCUCAAACACUUGCAAGAAGUCAUAUCAUCCGGGCUCACCAUCAAGUCAUGGAUAUAUGAGCAGAGAAUGUGGAUGAUUAAGUCAGUAACAUGUUACACUUAUGGAACCAUAAACACAAUCAUGGAGAAAUUCGGGAUGAAAGAAGCGAGUUUCUUGCCAACGAAUAAAGCCGACGACGAAGCGCAGAUCAAGCUUUACCAAUCCGGGGUCUAUGAUUUCCGGGUUGCGACAAUGUUCAUGGCUCCAAUCUGUACCUUGAUCAUUCUGAACCUAGCUUCCCUGUUUCUUGGAGGUGUCGAGAUUUUUCGCGGGCGAAAUUUCGACGCGAUGGCCGUUCAGGCAUUCAUCUCAAUGUUCAUUGUGACUGUGCAGUACCCUGUGAUUGAAGGGAUGUUCUUCAGGAAGGACAUUGGUAGAGUACAACAGUCAGCCAUUGUCCUAUCAGCUUCUCUGGCUUUAGCAAUUUUGGCAUUAGGAGCUAUUUUGUUACCCUCUGGUUUCUGA